AUGGUCGGACGGGGACUAUGGGUAUGUAAGCCCCGGUUUGGAAAGCGAGGGAGCAGGCUUGGUGUGUUGCCUUUUCUGUGCGCUGCCAUAGCGUGCGCAGCCGUGUUGGCUCUGCUCUUUGUGGACUUCAUCGAGUCAUGGGUCACCUCCAUGAGCUUGAAUACGGUGGUGGAGCCGCACGCCGGCAUCAUCCCCCCGCAGAGCGUCCCUCCCACCAGACCCGAGGAGUUCCUGCUCAUGCCCAGCCCGCUCGUGUGCCAGCGUGCUAAGCCUUACCUCAUCACCAUGGUUACCUCGGCUCCUGCCAAUCAGAGGGCCCGUCAAGCCAUCAGGGACACCUGGGGAGGAGAGGUGGAGGUUAGGGGCCUGCGGGUCAUGACCCUCUUCAUGGUGGGUGUGGCUUCUGACCCUGGACUGGCCAAGCUGCUGAUAGAGGAGGCCAGAGAACGAGGAGACCUGAUUCAGGGGCGCUUUCUGGACACCUACUCCAACCUCACCCUGAAAACCUUGUCCAUGCUGGGCUGGGCCCGUCGCUUCUGCCCUCAGGCUCACUUCAUGGCCAAAGUGGAUGAUGAUGUCCUGUUCAAUCCCAGCGCCCUCCUGCACUUCCUGAACAAGAGCCGUAACCCUUAUGAACAAGGAGACUUGUACCUUGGCAGGGUGCAUCUCCAUGUGGCUCCAGACCGUGACCCAGACAGCAAACAUUAUCUCCCUUCAGGAGCCUACCCUCCAAAUGUCUUUCCAGACUAUUGCAGUGGUACAGCCUAUGUUCUGUCCCGCUCUGCAUUGCUCAAAAUUUCCCUGGCAGCGUCUGCAUCAGCUUUAUCCACACCUCUACCCCCUGAAGAUGUGUUUGUUGGUCUGUGUGCCCGGACAGCUGGAGUGCUGCCCUCACACUGCCCACUCUUCUCAGGUGGUCCAGGUGUACCAUACGGGCGCUGCUGUUAUCAGGCAAUGGUGUCCAUCCACCACAUCCCACCCAGAGAGAUGCUGCACUAUUGGGCUGAAGUCCAUUCGUCACAACCCUGUUCCUGGCUGAGUGUGCGUGCAUCUCUGGGGAUGUGCAAAGUCAGGGCGAUGCUCGGGUCAGCUCUGGGACUGGAGCAGGGCUUGUGA